AUGUCUGAAAAGCCUCGAGAAAUCAAGACGCGUUUCCCAGUUGCGCGAAUCAAGAAACUGAUGCAGAGCGACGACGAUAUCGGCAAGGUGGCCCAAGCAACCCCCACUGCCGUGGCCAAGGCGCUGGAGCUGUUCAUGAUCUCAUUGAUCGAGGAGACGUGCAACCAGGCGCGGAUGCGAAACUCGAAGCGAGUCAGUCCCAGUCACCUCAAGCAGGCCGUUUUGGAGACGGAGCAGUUUGACUUUCUGCAGGACAUUGUCAGUAAACAUCCCGACGCGGUCGCUCCGGCAACGGGUGAGGAGGAGCAGCCCAAGCGACGGGGAAGAAAGCCUGCCCAGGAGUAG